UGUGUUUUUACGCAGCCGGUGGCUGCAUUUAGCGUAAUGUUUUCUGUUUCUUCACAGCCUCAUUUGUCGUAUUUUUAAAUAAGAUGUCUUGUAAAUGUAAAAGGAGACGUCUUUUAAAUGUAAAAAGGAGAUCCUAGGAAGAUGUGAGGAGGCGUUGCUAAGAUACAAGACCGGGAGGGUUCUUAUUGGUUCCAUCACUCGGAAGUGCUAUGGGUCGUAUUGUUGUUUUCUUUGUGCCUCAUGUUAAUUUGUGUCCCAACAGAAGAAAGAAAGGGAGCAGAAAAGGAAGCUGCAGCACUUUUUGAAUGACUUGGCUUUACUCGGAUCGUUACAGGGAUUUAAAUACUUCCAGCCCUGGCUAAGAGGAAAAGAAGAGCUGCUGCUGACUGUAGUCAAUGAGGAUCUGUUUUGUCUCUCUCCGGUCCAACUUUGCCCAGGGUUGGCGCUCCCCAGGUUUUUUGGUUUCCAGGGCGUCGUCGUACUCCUCCUCCAGCAGCAGCUGCUUGUCACCCAGCAGCAGCUCUCCUAGCCUGGGCAGCAGGAGCAGCUCCCCCCUGCCCGGGGAGCCUCGGGGCCCGCCAGACGUCCAGGCGACUUACUCUCACUCCAGGACGCCGACGCAAACCGACAGGGAACCGAACGGUGAGGAGCAUCUUCUCCCAGCCUCUCCCAGUGAGGGAGAGAUUGCCGUACCAGAGGUGAACUGCACUCUGUUUCUCCUGGCCGGCUACGUCAAGUACGGACGCCCGUACGCGUGGAUACGCUCCAAUCACGAGCGGCUGGUCAGCAUCGGUGGCAUGGAUUCAAUGGUCAAGGACACGCCCAUGAAGCUGAAGUCCAUCACAGACUGGCAGACGAGAGGUAUUCGUGUCUGGGACAUUGUGAGUGAGCUGGUGUGCCUGUGCACCGUUCCCUCUCCCACCAACCCCUUAACCCUCGACAUGCGUUACAUCAAAACCCUUCCCCUGCACGACCGCUUCCUAGUCACAGGAGCCCUCCUCAGCUUCCUGGAGACCUAUCUGAUUUACGGGAAUCGGGACGAGCUGCACUAUGACAAAGUGGUAGAGGAAGUGAAACCCCUAAGGCGCCUGCAUUUCCAGGCCCUGCUGGAGCUACAGCGACUCAGAGAGAGCCCGGAAAAGCCCACUGGCUCCACAAGGCUGGACUCUUCAAGAUGAAAUCUUGAAGAGUGGCUUUUAUUGAGUGAUAUUUAGGUAUUGCACCGACGGCAGUUUACCGGUCGAUCGCCGGUUACCGAUCUUUAAAAAGCCUGACUUGCUGAUUCCGAUUUUGUCCGAUACCAGGUUUGUUUGUUUUUUUUGUCUGAAAUUUGACUAUUGCUAACUGCAAACAUGCAGACAGGACCUGGUGGGUUGGUUUAUCAGUCAAACCUCUCUAACAGCAGAGCAGAAGUGGACAGCGGUUUGUUUUUAGACCUUUGUUGAGGUAGAUAAGAUCAGUUUCACAUUUAAGUAUCGGCUGAUCACCAAUCUCCCAAACUGCAAGGAAAUCAGUACCAAUAAAUCAGUGCACUCAUAGUAAUAUUCAAUUUUUUUGGAUUCGAUGUUCUCAAUUCCUUAAUAGCUUAAACUAGAAUUUGCCAGGUUACUCAUAUCAAGCUAUACCAGAUUUUAAACGUUAUGGUUCCAAAACUGCAAGCAUUUUCUAUCUUCUCCGGCUGUAUAAUAGCCAUGGUGUAUCAUGAUUUUUAAGAUAACAUUUUUGAACUGCAGUUGGCUAGUUACCUGAGCAGAUAGCCUGACUAACCAGUUUGUCAUAUUAUGUCACCAUGAACAAUUAGUGUACGCUUAUUCUGUCUUAUCACUCAGAUUUGUUGUAAUAAAUGUUGAAAAUGAUGGCUUCCUUA